AUGGGUUUCGUGAGCCGCGUGGGCGUUACACCAACACGUACUCUAUUAUCUAUUGCGGGGCAUGCUCCUUUCGGCCUGGCCGCCUGGACUCUGUGACGUGCUUCCUCUGCUUUCGGUUACUAGCGGCCCUGCAGUACUUCCUUGUUCACCUUCACGUUCUUUCGAUACAUGUUUGUGACGAGACCAAUCUCGCCACAUUGCAUUGGAGAAGCCUGGUUGCUCGCCUGUUGCCUUUGGAUUAUGGCCCCAUCUUAAAAGGCUUGAUUUUCCUCUGCAAAGACAUGAAAGCCGGGUCAUUUGGUGCUUGCCCUGUUUGAGCGGUGAUACCCCAGAUAGCUAUGCCAUGGAGCCUAUUCGUAUAAUGAAAGACUAUGGGAAAGACUUUGGCUCCAUGGCAAUUGAUCUAUAUGUGUGUGCUCUGAGCGCCAUUCAGUAAUAAUGUGCGCUCAGAUCUGAGCUAUCUGGGGAUAUGUUGAAUGUACCUGUUUUGUGCAAUGGCUGCACAGUUAUAUGUUUUUAUGUGUUUUAUUGUCUUUUGCUGCCAUGUGUUCAAUGGAGUUUUGCCUCUGUCUUUGGAGAUAAUUGGAUUACUUCCCAAUUAUCUCCAGGAUAGAAGACUCUGUGGAACUGGUUUUGGGCAGAAAAACCAUGCUUCCUUUGGUCACAAAGGACUACGAUCUAUCUUUUGAACCAUUGGACCAAUUUGUAUGAAUUUGACAUAUGUUUGUAUUUGGAGUAUGCUGAUUCUGAAAAUGUGAAUGUGAUGCAUACUUUUCAAGUUAUGAAUAAUGUGGAAAAAUUGUAUUUCUCUGCUUGUUAUAAUUACAUUACCCAUUGUGUAAGGUAAUUGUAUCACAGGCAGAGGGGAGGAUUUUGUGUGGGAGUGUCUGAGUGUAUUGUAUGUGUUUAUUGGUUGUGUUCCAAAACCCUGUGGGUGGUACUAAUGUGUAAGAAUGUGUCAGAACAAUAAACCCACAGCUCUAUCUGACCACUGCUUGACCCUUAACACGGAGCCUUGUCUCGUCUUUGGGGGGAUUUACUGAAUGCUGAUAGAGACUGAUUGCUAGGAGUGUAAGCCGCUUGGAUGCUUUUCCUAUUCAUCUGCUAGCAGUGAUUCGUAUGGUUCCAGUUCGUGUGUUUGGAGUGCUAUAUUGGAUGCCGCUCGGGAGUUUGGAGCAUUCCCUUAUUGGCGGUUCGUGAGUUUGGUGUUUUACAAUAGCUGUGCCUGCAUCUCUGAAAAGGGGACGAUCGCCUAAACGGUUUUUACCCCUUGUGUGCAAAACGGUCCGUUACAAUGUUCAUCAAAUCCGUCCUCUCUCACGCUACCUUCCCUCCCCUCUUAGUUAGCUGUGGCUGGCUGUUAGGGUCAUAGGUGUCCACUAGUUGUAAUUCCCCCUGGCUUCUUCACCUUAGGUUAGUGGUCCCGCGAGGCCAACACCCAUCCUCAUGCUCGGAGGUACUACGCCCCUCGGGCCAAAUCAUAGUUAGUCGCCUCGCAUUGUGGCAUAGAGAGGGCCUCACCUGUCACUCCCAUUCUAUCUUAUGUUUGUCACCGAGAGGCCAACACCCCGCCACAACUUUCAGUGGCCACGUUAUCCCCUCGCGCCAACGCAUAGAUAGAGCCUCUCCCACCGCUUGGCACCUAGCAGGGCCUCACCUGUCACCAAACCUAGUUUUUAAUUGUUUCGCCUUUUGGCUUUAGCUAGUAUGCCAGCACACACUCACACUGGGUCUCGCGAGCCCCGUGGGCUUUACACCAACACGUACUCUAUUACCUAUUGCAGGGCAUGCUCCUUUAGGCCUGACUGCCUGGACUCUGUGACGUGCUUGCUCUGCUUUUCGGUUACGGGCGGCCCUGCGGCAGCCUUCCGGUCAGUUCUUUCGAUACACGUUCAUUAAAUCCGUCCUCUCUCACGCUACCUUCCCUCCCCUCUUAGUUAGCUGUGGCUGGCUGUCACGGUCAUAGGUGUCCACUAGUUGUAAUUCCCCCAGCUUCUUCACCUUAGGUUGGUGGUCCCGCGAGGCCAACACCUCAUACUCGGAGGUACUACACCCCUCGGGCCAAAUCAUAGUUAGUCGCCUCGCAUCAUGGCAAGAGGGCCUCACUUAUCACUCCCAUUCUAUCCUAUGUUUAACUGUCACCGAGAGGCCAACACCCCGCCACAACGUUCAGUGGCCACGUUCUCCCCUCGCGCCAACUCAUAGUUAGAGCCUCUCACGCCGCUUGGCAUCUAACAGGGCCUAACCUGUCCCCAAACCUAGUUUUUAAUUGUUUUGCCUUUUGGCAUUAGCUAGUAUGCCAGCACGCACACAUACACUUUCACGCUCAAACGCAUGUUGGGUCGUUUAUGUGCGGUUUCUUCGUCUCUCUUUCUAGCGGGUCUCGGCUGCUAGGUGUGGUGUUCUUUCCGCCCAGGCUCUCUGGCUGGGUCUGGUUCUCAUCACCCUUUGGAGUUUUUGGCUACGCCUACCUUUUUCAGGUCGUGGGCGCUUCUCGCUUCGCUGCGAUUUCUCGUGAGUCGACUUAUAUACCCCCCCCACGGCAGCCUUCCGGUCAGCUGUUCUCUCAGUGUCUGUCCACCUACAGGGGUAAUGCUGCUGUCGGCUAUGGGGCGGUGUCGGAUGGCGGUUUGGGGUAACUGGCAUCUGCCGCUUUGGCUGGAUCCGAACCGGUCUUCCCACACCACUUUCGUACGAUCGGUCCUGUGCCUCCUACACGCUUUCUAAUGUGGCCCUGCCAAUAGCCUCUCCCGCAGCCGCUACCAUUCCCGGCGUUUCUGGGCUUGUUCGCUGGCUGCCCGCCUUGUGAGCUCGUGGUUGUCUUUUUUUUUUUCAUGUCUGGCUCUCGUCUUUCUAGCACUCGCAGUGCAUGUGUUCAGACCUUCUUCCCCCUUGAGGCUUCUGUUUCACAUCUAAUGUUUACUGUCCCUGUUGAUUUGUUGUCUGCGAUUGCCUUUCGCUUCUUUUGCCACCUCUUACUUGCAUCAACUCUACCUAUCCCUUCACAUGUUGUACAGGUUUCUAGUCACACGCAGUUUCAUGUCCUCAUACCAAGGGUUCAGGUUCUGGGAAUUUUCAAUCUCCGGAUUUCCCAUCAACAUCCAAGUUUUACAAUCACUAUCAGACCUAUUUAAUACUUGUCAUAACGACCGGGCAUCAACUUUCAUUGUAGGGCGAUAUCUGCUUGAUCCAAGGAUAAAUCCGACUACUUUCUGGGGUCAAGAAGGAAUUUUUCCCUAGCUUGUUGCAAAUUAGAAAGCACAUCAAACUGGGUUCUUGCCUUCUUUUGGAUCAACCGUUUUUAAAUUAAAGCUGCCUGCAUGUCUUAUUUUAAUAAAUAUAGUGAAUGACUCACAUUUGAGCCUGUGAAGGAUAGAUAAGCGUGUACUUUUAAGGAAGUUCUUCUGUUACGUUGUAGAAGAAUGUACCUAAUACAAUGACUUGGACAUCCAUCAGCAGUAAUGCAAUGAUAACUACUAAUACUGAUAAAAUACCUAUGAAAUGUUAUUUGAAUGGGUUUCUGAGACCAAUAUUAGAUACAGAAAAAACUAGGAUCCAAAGAACAGUCAUGUGGAAUCUUGAUACUAUAUGAUGUUUAUAGGAACAUUUGCAAGGAUAAUAUGUAAAACUAAAAUCGGUUAGGUGAUAAUCCCUUCAAAACAUAAAGUAUGAGUGCAGUGCUUAAAAAUUAACCUGGGACUUACCCCUCACAGAGAUAUAUGGUGAAUGUACAUAUAACAGAAAGAGAUAAAUAUACAUAUAGUGUAUUACUGAAAAAUGAAUAGUGAAUACUGAAUAUAUAAUACUAGGUAGGUGGAAAUAAACUCACAUGGAGUAGAGCCUUUUCUAAACUCAAGAAAUUGUGUGCCUUCAGGUGGCAUGCACAACCUUCUUCUGUAGAUGCAAACAGCUCCCAAUGGGAUGUAUAUGUGGAGAUGAAGCAGAUACGAUAAAAAUGAGAACUUCUAGGUGUAGUAUUAUAUUUACCAGUGGAAAUAUAGUGCACUAAUUUAAAAACUCUCACCUGGUAUAGAGCCUAUUGAACUGGUUUUAAGUUGUCUAGCUUGGUGUCUGUUUAGGGUGACACUCCCCUGUUGGAACCCGAUUCUAGUCCCUUUGUGGUCGUUGGUUGUGAAGCUAAAAACACCAAUGCGGAAGACCGGCAUGUCAUGUUCUUCUGAGCUGCUGGCUGGACUCUGUGGGCAGAGCUGCUCCACCGCUGAUCAGGGAGUAGAGAGAAUCAGAUCCGCAGAGGAGCAGCUCUGCCCACACUACUGUGUUUUGGUUUUUUUUAAAUUUAAUAUUUUUUAUUAAUUUUUCAAAAACAGUCACAUUAUAACAAUAAUAAUAUAUAGCAACAUUGAUUUAAAAGCAGAAAGGAUUUGCAACUGACAGUUGUAUAGCAUAACAGAGCAUUUCAAACAAUAUUCUAGUGUCACUUUUAAAUAAAUAAAUGAAUGCAUUGGUCUGUGAUGAUUUACGGAAUAGAUUCAAUACUUAUACGUUCUAGUAUCUACAAGUAAGUGUGGAAUUAAUUCAAAGAUGUCUUACUUCAUAGAUUAAAUGCAUAUACAUUCUCGUAUCCAGAAUAUAUUUUGAUAACAACAUAACAGAUUUGUUAAUAACUAAGGAGUACAGCAUCAGAGUGUCUCAUUGACAGCCACUAGAGGCGCUUGCGUGCUUCUCACUGUGAUUUUCACAGUGAGAGCACGCAAGCGUCCAUAGGAAAGCAUUAUGAAUGCUUUCCUAUGUGACCGGCUGAAUGCGCGCGCAGCUCUUGCUGCGCGUGCGCAUUCAGCCGCAUGGGAGGAGAAGAGGAGGAUCGGAGGAGGAGAGCUCUCCGCCCAGCGCUGGAAAAAGGUAAGUUUUACCCCUUUUCCCCCUUCCAGAGCCGGGCGGGAGGGGGACCCUGAGGGUGGGGGCACCCUCAGGGCACUAUAGUGCCAGGAAAACAAGUGUUUUCCUGGCACUAUAGUGGUCCUUUAAGGUAGUGUUUGUCCUGAGUGAUUUGAUAUAACUUAUCAGGGGUACCUGCCUGUAGAAGGGGACUACUGUGUUUUCUUGUUUACAUUUGCCAUAAUGCUCAUGCAUUUGUGUAGUAUGGCUACCAGGGUUAUAUACUAACUUGAGAAUUCGAAAUGAAUUAAAAAUUGAAAGCCAAAGUAGCAACACUGGAAGCAUAGCUGUGUUAGAGAAUGUUUUCAGUUCAGCUAUUAUGGUCUUACAUUUAAAUUUCACUUUGAGUUCUCAUUUAUGUGCAGGAGUUGCCAACCUGUGGACUGUACUUGUCCCAUGUACUAUGCCAGCAUGUCAACUAAUUGCUGCAAACUACUGGACCUGGCUCCCCGACUGCCCUCUCUGUCUGCCCCCUACUGCACCAGACAGCUGAGUCCCAUAUAGUUCUACACACUGUUCCUGGCAGCUUGGACUAUAGUGAUGCAGAAGGAGCAGUGUAGAAAACUAAUGCAAGCAACUUUAUUUUAAUUUUAUUGAUGCCACACUGGCUUUUAUGCAAGUCCCCAUGCAAGGGGACCUCCCACAUGGACCUUGUGGGGCACCAGGACAUAAAAGUUACAACCAAUAACAUGACAGUGACAAAGUGAAACACUCCCAGUGCAAACAUACAAUCCUCUCCUUUCUGCCUGUGAGAUAAUUGAGUCAGUUAAAGGAUAACCCAAUUAUCUCCAGGCAGAAAAAAACAUAUUUUCCCCAAAACUUGGAAAGAACCCUAAAACACAUGGUAUCCCUAUAAAUGUCAGAUCCCAUGAUAGCCCUGAUCUGGGUGACCAACAUAUCCAAAAAUCACCCAGAUCAGUUCAGGGGUUUUCAAAUUCUAUGGAAGUCCCACUAUCAUCACCGCACACGAGGCUCCUGCCCAAAACAGUUCCAUGCAUUUAGGCUGUGCAGUCUGUCUAUUUCAAAAAUGUCAAAUAAACAAACUAAAGCACGAACAGAGCCCCCUGGCUCAUAGGAGCGAUUGUUCCCCUUGUUCGUGGGAACAAGACUACCGAACGGCGCUCUCCUAGCCGUUCAGGAAAGGGAAGCAGGCGUUUGUAUGUUUUUACCGGUGUUCGGGAAGUUGAGUGUCCGAUUUUAGUUCCAGACACUCAAUGACCAAGUCCCGCUGCCUCCUUUCGUGCAAACAAGAUGGCCGCCAUUUUCUCUACCACGUGGCGUUCGGCUAUACCACCCAUAGAGAGCGCUCAAUCGACAGUUCCCUUUGUAGAUAAUGAGCAUGGGGUUGGGGGGAGGGGGUGGUCGGUGUUCAGUAGUUUCAUCUACUAAUAAAGUAUAAAAAGUCACGAAUGGCCUUAAAAGUCUCGAAUUAACAGUCUCUUUUCUUCACAGUAUGUAUCUGUAUGACUGUGUGUAUGUGUGUUUGUAUAACUGUGGGAGAUGUUUAAUUGAAAAGUAACAAUUUGAUACAUUUGUUUUGUUAUUUAAAAUGGCAUAUAUUAAAAAAUUAUAAUUGGCUUGCAAAAAAAAGCAACAGAUGAGAAAAACUGAUUACUCAGUUAACAUUUUUUAAUGCCAAACACACAAUCCCCACACAAUCAAACUGAGCCAAGCAGAAUCGUACAACCCCCACACAUUCAGCAACCACAAUAACAUUUAGCCAAUCCACACAUGCAAUCACACUCAGCCACCUUACAUAAACACGCUAAACCUUUCCACACACAGCACAUUCAGUCAAACACACAUACAUACCACACUCAUUAGCCCCCACACACUCAACCAAACACACAUACAUAUCACACUCAAACACAGAGGAGCUCUGAGAUACAUUUAUAGAGUUUAGUGGUGUGGAUCUCUAUGAUACACAUAAACACAGUACUGCAUUGCUGGGGAGCUUUGUGAUAACCUACCCACUGUGCAUUACUCUGAGUUUUAUUGCUGAGAAGCUCUGUGAUAUUCUCAUAUAUACCGCACAUUGCUGCGAGUUUUAUUGAAAUCUGCAACUGAUUAAAAAAGGGUAGACAGGAUUUCAUUUCCCUUCCACUUUUCAAUUACGUAUAUAGGAGCGGGGCAGGAGAGCAUUGAGGAAACUGGCAGUGGGGCAGCAGAUUGGGUAAAUCCAGCCAUGAAAGAGGGGAAAUGGAAGUGGCAGUGAAGAGUGGCAUUGGGAAAUAAGGGGGACACUGCUAAAAAGAAGGACAAGUCUGUUAAAAGAACACUAUAGUCACCCAGACCACUUCAUCUCAAUGAAGUGGCCUGGGUGCAGUGUCCAUAAGACGGAGUAGGGAUAGGGACACUAUAGCAUUAGGAAUACAGAUUAGUAUUCCUAACGAGAUAGUGUUUUUUUUUUUUGUUUUUUGUUUUUUAAAAAGGGGCAAUGAAAUUCUACCAGAAAAAAAAAAAGAAUAGAAAUGCUGCUAGAGAAGGGAAAUAGUGAUAGGGAGAAAUGGGCACACGAAGAGAGGGGAUAUGCCUGGGGAAAGGUGACAUGAAUGACAUGGGGGGAAGAAAUUAGCUUUUAUUAAUUUUGAUAUUUCAGCUAUUUAGUAGAGACCUAAUUUGGCAAACCCACAUAAGGAAACCAAGUUAGAGGGCCAUUUACUAAACUGCUAAAAGAUCAGCAUUGAGACAUUGGCUCCUUUCCUGUGUGUUAUUAUUACCACUAUCAUCAUUAAUGAAUCUAUUCCAUUUUAGCAACAAAUAGAAUGCUGUCCUGCAUCCAUACACAGCCAUGGCAUGUGGCCCUCAUGUGACCCCUACUUUAGUGAAUAACCCUGUGUGAACGUAACUAUGGGGCUGUAUGUCUGAUAAGUUCUUGUUAAUAUCAUUAUCGAGAGAGGGCUAAAUAAAAAUCACGAUCUGAAUGUAUUAUAUAGCAAGUUGUUGUAACUCGACAACAUAUUUCCAAACUUUAAUAAGCCAAUAAGCUUUAAUAAGCCAAUAUCCCCCUUCCCUGCCAAAGGGAAACCAAAUAAAAAAAAAACCCAAACAAUUGUUUUACUCUGCCCCCUCCUUCAACUACACACACACAGCCCCCCAUAUACACACUGUCCCACUACACAAACUGUACCCACAUCCCCCCAUGCACACACUUUCCCCACUGUACCCCCAUACACACACUUCUCCCACACACACUGCACCCCCCCACACACACACUUCUCCCCUCACACACUACACCCCCAUACACACAGUGCUUCCCACACAAACACUGCACCCCCAUACACACAGUGCGCACCCACACAAACACUGCACCCCCAUACACAUACUUCCCCAACUGCACUCCCAUACACACACUGCUCCCAGUACACCCUCAUACAGACACUAGCCCCAUACACACACAGUGCUCCCACUGCACCCCACAUAUACACACUGCACUCCCAUGCACACACUACACCCCUCACACAAACCCACACUGCCCCCCUAAAGACAGUGCUCUCACUGCACACCCAUACACACACUGUCUCACAUGCACUGCCUCCUGUGCAUACACACACUGUGCACCCCUCACACACACUGCCUCCCAUACCCACCCUGCAUCCUUCACACACUCAGUGCCUCCCAUACACACACACACACACAUACAUAUUACUAGAGGCCAUAUCCCCUACUACAGCCCCUAUCCUGGCAUACCCCAGGUAAAUUGUCAAACUGUUCUUAAACAGUUUGACUAUUUACUCUGGGAGGGCGCCACGGCACUCCUGGCAUCAUAACCACACAAUAGAGCUGUAGUGGUUAUUGUGACUGAAUUGUUUCUUUAAACAAUCUAUGAGUGCCCCUCCCGAGAUAAGGCUCUGGAUCCGCCAGUGCUUUCUGGUUGGUACUUGACCACGAUUUGCCUUCACUAUACUCAUCUAACUCUUCUCCAACAUUUCUCCUACUUGUUAUUAAAGCUGUUUAGACCAAAACACAUGCAUAUUGUGUUUCUUGAGAAAGUGAGUGGUUUUCUCUCAAAUUGAUGCAAUGGAGGAUACUGUAAAUGACAGUUUCAGGUAAGUAUGUUUACUAUUUAUAUCAUAAAAACAAAACAAAAGGAAAAUAUUGGGGAUGUUGUCUCUCAGCCCAGGAGGUUACCAAGGACUGAUGGACAACCGCACCAAGGUCACCUGUAACUAUGCUCCCCUUAACAGGGAAUGACCCUAACAAGACAAACUCAAUAAUACACAAACCAGGAGCUCCUAAUAGUUAAGGAGACCUAAAGUUGGGUUAAUUUAAGGUAAGGGAGUUCUUAUUUUUAUUGUAAAUAAAGUAAUUGUAUAAAAUAUACUCGCAUAAAAUUAAUGAAAUCGAUGUUGGAAAAAAGCAGGGAUCAAGGAGGCAGGCUAUGGUACUAAAAGCAUAUGACAGAUAAUGAAAAAGAAGGGGGAGGGGAAUUAACUCUUAAUCGGUCAUAACAAGAACCCAGAUCUAACGACAAAUCAGGGCCGGAUUAACAUAGGGGCUGAUGGAGCUGCAGCUCCAGGCCCAGGCCCAUGGAAUAGGCCCAUUUAAAAAAAAAUAAUAAAAAAAAUUUGCCACCUGACUGGUAUUUUACUGGCACAGACGGUAUUUGAGGCUGCCUGGCCGUGUUGGUAUCGCAGUAAUACCGGCAAUACAAAUGCAGGUAUUUUUCUCAGAAUAAAUGGAGAUUACUCUGCAAUAUCAGCAGCAGCCAGUAGAGGUCACUGUGUGUGGAAAGAGGCAGGUAUAGGAAGUUACAGCAUAUCCCUGCCUCUCUCUACUACUCACUGACCCGUGGGGGAGCAGCAACACAGCACAGAGAGUCCAGACAGCAGCUCUACAGCUCAGGUAAGUGAGGGAUGGGGGGAAAGGCAGCAGGGACACAUGGGGACACUGAGACACUAGGGGACUCAUUUGGACACUGAGACAAUAGGGGACAUAUGGGGACACAUGGGGACUCAGACACUAGGGGACACUGAGACACUAGGACACAUGGGGACACUGGAAAACAUGGGGACACUGAGACACUAGGGGACACUGGGACCCUAGGGGACGCUGGGACACAUGUGGAUGCUGAGACACAUGGGGAUGCUGUGAGACAUAGUGACACUGGGAGACACUGAGACAUUGGGACACGGAGACACUAUGUCCCCAUUUCUCCCAGUGUCCCCAUGUCCCCUAUCCAGUGUCGAUAGUGUCUCAGUGUCCCUAAGUCUCCCAGUGUCUGUGUCCCAUGUCUCUGUGUGCCUAGUGUCCCUAUAUGUCCCAGUAUCCCCAUGUCUAUGUCCACAACUGUCCCCAAGUCUCCCAGUGUCUGUGUCCCAUAGUCUGUGUCCCUGUGUCCCUAGUGUCUUAGUGUCCCCUAAAUGUUUCAGUGUCCCCAUGUCUCCCAGUGUCUGUGUUCCUAGUGUCUCAGUGUGCCUAGUUGUAGCGGUACUUACCCUUUCCAGGGGCCGGCCGGGGUCCUCUGUUCGAGCCGCGCGCGGUCCUGCUGCUGCACGAGCCGCGCGCGGCUCAUCCGACGGCUGUGACUGGAAAGCGGUCACGUGUUCCACCUAACUCUAAGAGCGCGCCGCGGGUAUCGGGCGCGCUCUUAAAGGGACAGUGGGUGCCUAAAUUGGAAAAGGCAUCCCAUUGGUCCCUGUCAUGCCACACUCCCCAUACACUUACCUUUUGGGGGCGUGGAUGUGACAGGGACCAAUCAAAUUAGAUGUUUAGGUAUUUAUACUCACCUUCUUCCCUUUGUUCCUUGCCCUAUCGUGGUUUCUGUAUCAGUUCCCUUUAGCGCUUGUUGUGUUCAGUUGUGUUUCUCCGUAUUGACCUUGGCUUUGUUUCUGACUACGUUUUCUCUUUAUCCUUCUGUUCUGGUUGUCGGCUUGUUGUUUACUGUGUACCAGACCCCGGCUUGUCCUAGUUUACGCUGUCUCUCUGUGCCCUUGAUUUCGGAUUGUUCCUGACUCUGUCUCCUCUCAUAUACGUCGAGUCCGGCCAUUCUAAGGUCCGGUAGACGUAUCUCUCCUCUGUGUUGUCUUUUGUUUAGCUGAAUCCUGCGUGUUGGGGUAUAUUCUCGUUACACUAGUGUCCCCAGGUCUCCCAGUGUCCCUAUAUGUCCCAGUGUCCCCAUGUCUAUGUCCACAACUGUCCUCAUGUCUCCCAGUGUUCCCAAGUGUCUGUCUCCCAGUCAGUGUCCCCCUGUCCCCUAGUCUCCUAGUGUCUGUGUCCCUAGUGUCUUAGUGUCCCUUGUGUCUUAGUGUCCCCAAAUGUUUCAGUGUCCCCAUGUCUCCUAGUGUCUCAGUGUCCCUAUUUCUCCCAGUUUCCCUAAAUGUAUCAGUGUCCCCAUGUCUCCCAGUGUCCCCAUGUCUCCCAGUGUCCCCAUGUCUCACUGUGUCCCCAGUAUCCUAGUGACAUGGGGACACACUGAGACAUUGGGACACUGGGAGAAAUGAUGACACUGAGACACUGGGAGACUAGGGGACUGGGCUACAUGGAGACACUGACACUGUGAUACAUAGGGACACUGAGACACUGGGUGACUUGCGAGACUGAGACACUGGGAGCAAUUCAUCUAGAAUCAAACUGUGAGUAGUUUGUUGGUGAUUUUACAGAAUUUUCUCUGAUUAUACAAAUGAUUAAGGCUGGUAUUUUUUCCAAGAAAGGUGGCAACCCUAACUACUCUUCACAUACCCUUGUGUAAAGGAGCACUAUAGGGUCAGAAACACAAUCAUGUAUUUCUGACCCUAUUAUACUAAAACCACCACCCUGGCCCCUUCUUGUCUCGCUAAGUAUAGUAAAAUAUAACUGGUAUUCAAGUCUGCAGCUGCUGGCUCUGCCUCUGAAUUGACUGUCUGCUGACAUCAUUAGAAGUGGUGGUCUGAGCAAAUUACAAAACUUCCCCAUAGGAUUGGCUGAGACUGUCAACUAGGCAGAUCAGGGGCAGAGCCAGCACAAGUCCAACAUAGCCCUGGCCAAUCAGCAUCUCCUCAUAAAGAUAAAUUUAAUCAAUGCAUCUCUAUGAGGAAAGUUCAGUGUCUGCAUGCAGAGGGUGGAGAUACUGAAUGGCAGUGCUGCACACAAGGCAGUACUGCCCCAGGAAGCACCUCUAGCAGCCAUCUAAGGAGUGUCCAGUGGAGUUAUUUUCUCUGAAAAGACAGUGUUUACUGCAAAAGGCCUAAAUGGAAUGAUUCUACUUAUCAGAACAAAUACAAUAAGCUGUAGUUGUUCUGGUGACUAUAGUGUCCCUUUAAGUUUGGAAUCUUAAGAGGGAUGUAUGGGAACAAAACUUGUGUGGACUAGCUGACAAUAAAAUUAGUUUAGGUAAUGCAGACGCUGAUCUCUCUAAAACUGUGGCAUGUCCCCUUUCUUCUACACUCACUACAUACACCUUUUCUCUGUCUCAGACUAUAUACCAGGACCUUCUGUCUGCUAGUAAGAAGGCAAGGUGACAAGUGGACCAGCCAGUGAUAGGGGACAGUCCUUAGAAAGCACGGAGUGAGCGCAUCAUUAGAUGCAUUUAUGUCAAGCUCAUGGUGCUGCCUGCAUAGUAUGCCCUUAGUUGGACAGCCUGCAGGCAGGGCCAGAUUAAUAGUCCAGUGGACCUGGUGCUGACAAUUAUGAUGGGGCCUAAUAACAGAUUCUUAUCGACCAAAAAUAUUAAAACAGUUAUACCUCUCAAGCGUCGUGUAUCUGAUGGAGAUGGUAUUGGAGGGAAACUCAUAGGGUGCAGCUAUGAGAAAACACACAAUAUAUGCUAAUCUCUUUCUAAUAUGCUUUCAUCUUUCAAGUGAAUCCAUACUCCCUAGCAGCAGUGUCCAGUGAAGCAGGAAGUCAAUGGGCGGGGUAAAAGGGUGGGCAACUGACCCCGAAUAACGUGACCAGAACUGCAAAAAGGGGCGAACAUGCCCAAAAAGGGGGCAUGUCUGCCCAAAGACAUUGUACCCAUGUCUCAGUGUGUCCUGUGUCACAGUAAGACAUGGGGACACUGAGAGACCCGGGGACACUGAGACACUUGGGGACACUGGAAGACAUGGGGGCACUGAGACACUUGGGCACACUUGUGGAUACAGAUAUGGGGACACUGGGAGACAUGGGGACACUGAAACAUUUGGGGACACUGGGAGAAAUGGGGAUACAGACACAAGGGACACAGAGACAUGGGGACACAGACGCUAGGAGAUAUUGUCAUGAUCUUUUGCAGGUCAGAUAGGAGACUUAUGCCAGGGUUGACUUCAGGUACUUUAUUAGUGUUUUUAGACAUAUUAUAAAACUUGAAUGAAAACAGACUUUAGUCAAUAUGCCACCAAACAGGAUACUUGCCACAGAACAGGUUACUUGCAAUAAUAAUGAAUGUCUGUAAAUUCCAGGUAACAGAGGCAGGCUGGUAACAGUGGAAGGCUAGUAACAGUGGAAGGCUGGUUACAGAGGCAGUCUGGUUUGAAGUAUAGGUAAGGGUGGAGCAGGUUAUUGUUAAGAGCAGGUUUGAAGGUCAGUAUGCAGCAAGUUCACAGGAGCCAAGAUAUGAAGUCUUUCAAUAAGAACAUUAACUUCAAUGUAAAGGCCUUAAACCGGAGACUACAGGGUUAACCAACGUUCUAACAAUCAUUGCUGAAAGUCUCUUGGAACUAUGCAAAACUGUUUCUGUCUUACUGCAAGCUUCUGUAUAUCACCUGAGAAAAAGACUGAGACUGUCUUACCUUCCAGGAAAAGCAGGAAAUGAGAGCAAUUAACAAAGGAAGAAAUACAAAAGAGACUUUAGCUCCUGGCUCCAGAUUUACCUUCAAACCGGCUCCUAACAAUAACACAGACACUGGGAGACAUGGGGAUACUGAGAAACUAGGGACACUGGCUGGGAGGCAUGGGGACACAGACAUUUGGGGACACUGGGAGACAUGGGGACACUAGAGACACUGAGAGACAUGGGGACACAGACACUGGAAGACAUGGGGACACAGACACUAGGGGCACUGGCUGGGAGACAUAGGGACACUUGGAGACAUGGGGACACAGACACUAGGGACACUGGCUGGGGGGCAUGUAGACACUGGGAGACAUGGGGACACAGACAUUUAGGGACACUGGGAUAUAUGGGGACACAGAUACACUAGGGACACUGGCUGGGAGACAUGGAGACACUGUGUCCCUAAUGUCUCUGCGUCCCAAUGUGUAUCCCAAUGUCCCCAUGUCUCACAGCAUCCCCAUGCCUUACAGUGUCCCCUAGGGUCUCAGUGUCCCCAUGUUUCCCAGUGUCCCCAGGUCUCCCAGUGUCCCCUAGUGUCUCAAUGUCCCCAUGUCUCCCUUUCACCUCAUCCCUCACUUCCCUGAGCUGUAGGCUGUCUCUGCAGGCUGGGAGCUGCUGUCUAGACUCUCUGUGCUCUGUAGCUGCUCCCCCGCGGAUUAGUGAGUAGAGAGAGGCAGGGAUAUGCUGUAACUUCCUAUCCCUGCCUCUCUCCACACACAGUGACCCCUACUGGCUGGUGCUGGUAUUGCAGAGUAAUCUCUGUUUAUACUGAUAAAAAUAUCUGCAUUUGUAUUGCCGUAUUACUGCAAUACCGGCAUAGCCCGGCAGCCACAAAUACCGUCUGUGCUGGUAAAAUACCAGUCAGAUGGCAGACAUAAGAGUAGUGUGCAAAAAAAAAAAAAAAGUUUUUAAAAAAAAUGACUUUUUUUUUUUUUUUUUAAAUGGGCCUAUUCCAUGGGCCUGGGCCUGGGCCUGGAGCUGCAGCUCCAUCAGCCACUAUGUUAAUCCGGCCCUGCCUGCAGGAUUGGCGGGCAGCCUGACAUGCAUUCAUCCCAGGUUGUCCUUCAAAUUCUUUGGACAGACCCUUUUUGGGCAUGUUCUCCCCUUUUGGCAAGUCUGGUAAAGUGAUUCGCGCCAGUGGCACACCCUUUUACCCAGCCCAUUGACUUCCUGCUUCGCUGGACACUGCUGUUAGGGGGUAUGGAUUUACUUGAAAGAUGAAAGCAUAAAUUAGAGAGAGAUUAGCAUAGAGUAUGUGUUUUCUUAUAGCUGCAUCCUUUGAGUUUCCCUCCAGCACCAUCUCCAUCAGAUACAUGACGCUUGGGAGGUAUGACUGUUUUAGUGUUUUUGGUUGAUAAGAUUCCGUAAUUAGGCCCAUCAUAUUUGUCAGCACCAGGCCCAGUGUGCUCUUAAUCCGGCCCUGCGACAAAUAACUGUAAUUUGGAAUUCCACAAAUCACUUUAGAGCUGAUAAGCCCCAUAACCAAGAUGGUGAUACAAGGGGGAUAUAGCUUGUUCUAACUUUCACACAGAUAUUUAUGGACUACAUUUUAUUUAUAUAUAAAUAUAGUAUUUUCAUAUAAAAGUGAACAGUGACAAAAGAUACAAAAGAACAUUACAUCAUUUUAAUAAAAAAAAACAAACAAAAAAAAACAACUAUAAAACAAGGUUUUUAUUUUAAUCAGGCUGAGGGUGUGUAAUUUGGUACCCGAUCCUGUUCUCCUCUUUUCUGACAAUGUGCUUGAAUAAUCUGUGGGUUUUUUUCAUAGAAGAAACAGAUGGUACAGUACUGAAUGAGCAUCUUGCAUUAAAUGCGGUACUAGUUGUUUGACAUGAAAUUGCUAGUUUAUGCAGUGCAAAUGAGCAGGUGGAACAUAUAGCUCUGGGGACUUCUGCCAAACAGGGAUAGGAUACUUGUUUUAGUUCCUGGAGGAGAAGAUCUGAGCAGGAAGGACCGUAUCCUAAACUAAACAAUGAAAAUAGCUAAAGAAUUCGUCAAAGCAGCCUGUCAGCCAUGAAUCUGGGUUUACAAAGCAGAGGAUUGAGUUGACAUUAACCAUGCAGACUGGGAUCAAGCACAAGUAACUGGCUUAAGAGGUAUAAGGCUAUAAAAAGAGUUAGUAUUCAACAAAAUGAGUAUGAAAGGGAGAGGAGAGAAUUAUGUUUAACCUUUAGUGUGCUCUCACCUUUCUAGUAUUCAAAUCUGAUUAACAGUUAAGGUCUCUCAACAAUGUAUCUUGAUUAAGUAUUAUUACUUAGGAGCCCAAAACAAACAGUUAAUAAAUGUAGGGGAUUUGUGAAAGCAAGUGAUAGGAUGCAGAAAGUGUACAGAAGAUGGAUAGCUUUGCUUUGGAUGUCUGCUGAUGAGGAGUCAAUCAAGAAUGAUACAAGGAACCACAUUUGCCAGGUCUACAUUAAGGCUUGAUCAAUGUUCCUCUCUUACCUAUUACACUUUGUGGAUGUCAAGAUGCCUGUAGGGUGCCCUUUGGAUGGACAUUGCAUAGUGGUUCCAGGAUCCAGCACACCUAUCUCUGGUGAGUAGCUAAUACACAGUCUGCAAGCAUCUCUGCCCAUUAACACAGUCUUCCCAUUGUAAUGCCCAGCCUGGCUUAGAACAUUCACCAUGUGUCUGGCAUUCCAUGCACUAGAUCAAGGGCAGUCUCUAGCUCUGUCGUUUUGUAGGAGGUUAGACCCUGAUCUGUGGCACCUUGCUGAUUAUUUAUAUCUUCUUGAUCCCUACUGGUGAGCCCCUUCUACUGCUGCCUUCAUGGUUUACCAAUGUGUUUUGUAAUUUAAUUGCUGAUAUAUUAUUGAAGACCAAUUAUUUUUUACUAUAUAUUUGUUACAAUAUUUUAUCACUUUUACUUUUAUUACAAUGUUUUAUUAUUGAUACAAAAAAUAUUGAAAAAAAAAAUUAGGAAAGAUGUUAUUGAAAACGUGUUACAUCUAAAACACAUCUUGAUGAUAUGAAUAAAAUGUGCAAUUAAAGCAUUGUUUUCCUGCAGUGUUUUACCCAGAAUCUGCAUCCACUUCAGUUUGGUGACUUAAACUGGUGCUGUGAAGUUACCAGUGUAUCACAAACCUCAUCUUCUCAUCAUGGCUCUGCAGAUCCUGGCCACUGUACUAGAAAAGGUCACAGCUAAUGGUACAGAUGAAACGCAUAUACAUCAAGGCACACAGGAGCACUGGAUGUGUAACAGCUCACAUGGAGAAACGGGGAUAUCCUUCAUUACAAAUGCACACAACAAUACCAGCAACCUGGUAGGUUUGCAGGUCAACAUGACCAUCACAAGUGAAUCUCCCACUGGUGAAAGAGGAUCUGUGGGUCUGGACAUUAUAUUCCUGGAGAUCUUAAUCAUAAUAAUGUGCAUAGGAGCUGUAGCAGGUGAGUAAUGUAACUUAAUUUUAAUGCUUUUAAACCAUAUGCACUGGGGCUAGGCAUGUCAUGUAUAAAGCUUACAGCUGUUUUCCUACCAUAAAAAAACAGAGUUUUAAGGUUUAAAAGUAUGUAGGGGUUUAGAGUUUUGUUUUUUUUACCUGAAGCUGAAUAAAGCAAGGUGAAUUGUUAGUGUACACCUAAGAGCUUUCCUUGACGUGGCAAGUGAGCUUGCACUGAAGUGGCCAUUGGAGUUAUAUUAAAAACCUCAAGCUAUUUAAACGUGCAUAGGGAUGUGGGAUAGUGGUGCAAGUAACUAUUUUCUUUGUUUUUUAUAUUAUAUAUUGGAACUGGUGUGUACUAUAGUCAUUGCUUCCACCCAGGAGUAGUUAAGUUUGAGCGAAGGACUUAUUUUUUAAAUAUUUGUGGCUGUUUUCCUUCUGCUAGCUGU